GCCAAGAGCAAAACCACCGUCUUGUUUAUUGACUCCACUUUGAACGGUACAGAAACAGCGCAACAUCAAUGAGAGAAUGUAUCAGCGUUCACAUAGGACAAGCAGGCGUCCAAAUAGGUAACGCCUGUUGGGAGCUCUAUUGCCUUGAACAUGGAAUCCAACAAAAUGGUCAAGUAUCAUUUGAAUCUUCUGGUGCUAAUGAUUCGUCUAGCACGUUCUUUCAUGAGAUAGGCUCUGGGAAACGUGUCCCCAGAGCUAUAUUCGUCGAUUUGGAGCCCUCAGUUGUUGAUGAAAUACGCGUUGGAAAAUACAGCCAGUUAUUUCACCCGAACCAACUCAUCAGUGGUAAAGAGGAUGCAGCCAACAAUUACGCCAGGGGCCACUAUACCGUUGGCAAGGAAAUCAUUGAUUCGGUCUGUGACCAAAUUCAUAAAGUAACUGAACAAUGCUCUGGCCUCCAGGGCUUCUUGAUUUUUCAUAGUUUCGGUGGCGGCACCGGUUCUGGAUUUACGUCUCUGCUAAUGGAGCGCCUGAGUGUUGACUUUGGUAAAAAGACAAAGCUUCAAUUUUCAGUCUAUCCGGCACCACGAAUUUCUACAGCUGUAGUAGAACCGUACAAUUCCGUCUUAACCACUCAUACCACUCUAGAGCAUUGUGACUGCGCUUUCAUGGUCGACAAUGAAGCAAUUUAUGAUAUCUGUAAAAGGCAUUUAGAUGUUGGGUAUCCAAGAUACAUCAACCUUAAUCGUCCAAUUGCUCAGGUAGUGAGCUCUAUUACUGCUUCUCUAAGGUUUGAUGGGUCCCUUAAUGUUGAUUUAACCGAGUUUCAAACCAACCUGGUACCUUAUCCACGUAUUCAUUUCCCAUUGGUUUCGUAUGCACCAAUAAUAUCGGUUGAGAAAGCUUACCACGAGCAGUUAACCGUUUCUGAAAUAACAAACGCGUGCUUUGAAACCGGUAAUCAGAUGGUUAAAUGUGACCCUCGUCGUGGGAAGUACAUGGCUUGUUGUCUGUUGUACCGAGGUGAUGUGGUCUCGAAAGAUGUUAACGCUGCUAUUGCAGCAAUUAAAAAGAAAAAAUCCAUCAAGUUUGUGGAUUGGUGCCCAACAGGGUUUAAAGUUGGUAUCAAUUCCCAACCCCCGACCGUUGUCCCUGGAGGAGAUAUGGCCAAGGUCCAACGGGCCGUGUGCUUGCUGAGCAAUACGACAGCUAUUGCUGACGCUUGGGCCCGUCUGAAUUAUAAAUUUGACUUAAUGUAUGCCAAGCGAGCUUUUGUUCAUUGGUAUGUUGGUGAAGGUAUGGAGGAAGGAGAGUUCACGGAAGCGCGCGAAGAUUUGGCUGCGUUGGAGAAAGAUUAUGAGGAAGUUGGUUCUGAUUCACUUGAAACGGAAGAUGAGAUCGAAGAAUAUUAAAUAUUAUAUAUGAAACUUUAUUACAAACCGAUUGAGAGGUAUAUUAUACACAUGUGAAUGUGUUGCUCCGCUAUUAAACGAAUGAUUUUUAUUUUAUUUAUUUAUUUUUUUUUUGCGAUAUUAAAAUCGCAUUGUUUUCCUGUUUUGUUGCAUAUUCGAAAUAAAGACAUUUUAGAAACAUUUU